GGUACAAAAUACUACGUUUUAUUGCCAAUCCAUUCGUGGAGGUCAAUAGAGUGUAUUAUGUCACUGACCUGUACAUUUUGACAGAUUGUGACUUUGACACAUGAAGGACGACAACUUUUAUGACUUUUGUACUCACUAAAAUAAGUUAAUAAAAGUUAAGAGUUAUUUGAAUACAUUUUCAUGUGCAGUGUGCUUCCAGCUUUUGUUAUUUUAUAUUCAUGCCAGCUAUCGUUUGUCAGUGACUAGUGAAGAAUUUAUAAUUUUCAAACCGAGAGUAACUCAGAUUUGAGUUUCAGAAAAUAUGAAUUGCCGUGUGACUGUGGAGCAAGGGACAUUGGAAGGCAAGGUUUGCACCACAUAUUACGGAAAGAGGUUCUACAGUUUUGAAGGAAUACCAUACGCUAAACCUCCUGUUGGCAAAUUGCGUUUUAGGUGCCCACAAGAACCGGAAAAAUGGAGUGGAGUGCGUGACGCCACUAAACCUGGCAACAAAUGCGCACAAAUCAAUCCUUAUUCCCCAAAAGCAUUGGUCGGUUCUGAAGAUUGUCUUUAUUUAAAUGUUUACACGCCAUGCUUACCGGCGGAGAAAGUAGCCAAACUUCCAGUUAUAUUCUUUGUUCACGGCGGGAGGUUUCUCGUCGGCUACGGAGAUUACUACCAGCCCGACUAUUUGCUGAAACAUGACGUCAUCCUCGUUACUAUUAAUUACAGAUUGAACAUAUUCGGUUUUCUUUGUUUACACACUCGAGAAGUUCCCGGCAACGCCGGCAUGAAAGAUACCGUGAUGGCUUUAAAAUGGGUGAAAAAUAAUAUAAAAUACUUCAACGGAGACGAGAACAAUAUAACGGCUUGCGGCGAGAGCGCAGGCUCGGGAGUCGUCACCUUCUAUUUGACUAGUAAAAUGACGAGGGGCUUGUGUCACAAGAUAAUAUCUCAGUCGGGCAACCUGCUGGCGGACCUGGUCAUGAUGGAUGAGGACCCGGUGCAGAAGGCCCGACAUAUAGCCGAGUUGCUGGGUCAAGAGCCGUCCGACAAGAAGAGUUUGUACGAAUUCCUAAUGAACGCCCCCGUCGAGGAUCUAAUGUUUGCCAUGAUCAGCGCUGAAGUGGAUCGCCCCUCGUAUGUCAUCAACGCGAAUUUGUUACCCGUCGUUGAGAAACAAUUUGAAGGGAUCGAGCCAUUUAUCGAGGAACGCGCGAUAGUUUCGAUCCGCGCGAAUCGUAUCAACCGAAUGCCGAUACUUACCACAUUGAAUUCGCACGAAGGUGCGCUCUUCUUGUCGAGGAACGACGCGGGCGACAUCGAGUUUCACAAAAAUCUGCAGUACUUCAUUCCGCGUUAUACUGGGAUAAAAUUCGACACAGAGAGAGCGGAGAAGUUUGCUAAAGGUCUAAAGGAGUUCUACUUUAGGGGCGAAGAAUUUGGUAAGGACGAGUACUUAGAUUUGGUGUCGGACGCAUACUUCGCCAGAGACACCGUUAUGUUUGUGGAACACAUGUCCAAAUAUAUAGACGAUGUAUACUUUUGUUACUUCUCGUACUUGGGCGAGAUGAACACGAGCGUGAUGAGGCAGCUGGGCCGGUCGGGCGCGACGCACGGAGACCUCGUACAGUACCUCUUCUAUAGGAGGAGCAAGGCUGACAAAUCCACUGAAAACGAUCAAAAGAUCGUCGAUUGCCUCACCGAAGCGUGGUGUAAUUUCGCUAAGAACGGCAAACCAACAUGGAAGAAGCAGCCGGUGCAGUGGUUGCCGUACGACGCCGAGAACAAGCACACGCUGCAUGUCGACGAGGAGAUCGAGCUGGUGUUCAACCCCAACUGGGAAAGAUAUUGUAUUUGGGACAAACUCAUGGGCGAAAGGUCGAAGCUGUAAUUGGAAGAAAACUGGAGAAGAAGCAAGCGAGCACGUCCCCUGACACCGGACUGCCUUCACAGUUCACAUGCAUAUUGUUAAGAAAACGCAGUGUUAGUGUUCGUGUUAGUGUAUGAAGAUGAAUGACAGAGAUGAAUUACAUCAAAGUGAAAACAUGAAAAUUAACAUUUUAUUCGCCUUAAUUUAUUGCAGCGUUUCGUUGAGCAAUGUUUUAUACAAAAUUGUUUUAGUAGUUUUUUAUUGAUUCUUAUUGUAAGUUUGCAAUCAUUUUUUGUAUGGAAGUUGACGAGCAAAAAUGAACAAAUAAAAAUGCAAAAUGUUUUCAAGUGAACCGGGACUAGAUCGAUGUUAUAACAUUAACUCUGUCUUGUAUUUGUCGUGACACAAAGCACGGUACAGGUUGUGGUUACCAGGCAUUAUUUAGCUUUUAUGAUUUGUUACAUCCCGAGGUUGUUGUUAGUUGUUUAGAUCGGUGAGGUUGGUGAUGGACUUACUACUUACUAUAGUAAUAUUAUAUUUUUAUUACUAUUUUUAUAUCUUAUAACACAAGUUGUUGCCGGCGACUC